GCGACAGAGACUCGGUCCGCGAGGCUGAGCCGGUUCGUGUCGGCGGCUGGCUUCCGGCCACCGGCUGCAGGAGAGCAGCUUUACUUCUGGCCGCGGAGGCGGAGGCCGGAACUUCCUGCGCGACAGCGGGCAAGUCAUUUCCCGGUGGCAGCGCUGAGUCCCUGCACCCGGAGACCCAGGACCGGGUGGGAGGGUGUGACCUGGCCGCUCACCCUGCCCUGGGGGGCUUUUCGGAAUCGCUUAGGGAGAACAGUGAAGCUCUGACCCUCCGCCCCGCUUCUGCACCAGCCGUGACCCUCUGGACCUGGGGUGUCCGUUGGAGACUGGGAGGUCCGCUCGCUCUCCGCACCCGGGAGGCGGCCCUGGGCGGUGCACGCAUUUUACACCGCGUGAGGAGCCGGCAGUGAGGGCAGCAGCGCCACCCUCAGCCCGGGGUCACGCCUCACCCGGGACUUGGCAGGAUGGAUGGUGGACUGAGCUCCUGAGAGCCACCUCUGUCACCCACUUCUGACCGCUCCGCUCUUUCCCAGGCCGCGAUGGCUGUAGCAGCGUUGAUGGACCCUGGGAAGGGCUGUGUGACCUUUGAGGACGUGACCAUUUACUUCUCUCAGGAGGAGUGGGGGCUGCUGGAUGAGGCUCAGAGGCUCCUGUACUGUGAUGUGAUGCUGGAGAACUUUGCACUCACAGCCUCACUGGGACUUACAUCUUUCAGGUCCUACAUAGUUGCCCAACUGAAUAUGGGGAAAGAGCCCUGGGUGCCUGACAGAGUGGAUAUGACAUCGGCCAUGGCAAGAGGGGCUUAUGGCAGGCCUGGUUCUGAUUUUUGCCAUGGAAGAGAGGAUAAGGAGCUACCUUCUGAGCAAUGUGUUUCUGCAGAAGGAGUGUCACAGGACAGGAAUUCCAGGGCAGCUCUAUCUACCCAGAAGACCUUCCCUUGUGACACAUGUGGCCUAGAGUUGAAAGACUACCAGGCAACAUAUCCCAGGCAGAAGCCAUCCACGUGUGCGGUGAAUGGGAGAGGGUUCAAGUUCAAUGCAAAUCCUCUCCAGCCACAGGAACGACAGAAUGCAAACAAGCCUGUCAGAAGGGAGGAAGGCAAGGCCCUUCCUAUGAAGACCUGCAGAAACCAUACAUCAGAGAAGCCUUUCACGUGCAGAGAGAGCAGGAAGGAUUUUGUGGCCACAUCGGGCUUUCCACAGCAUCAGGUCACUCCCAGUCUGCAGGAGCCACACAGGAGCACUGAAGUUACAGUGGAUGUUCAAACUAUGCAAGGACAUAACAAGAGCACUGAAUCUAGGGACAGUGAAUUUUUGAGUGACACAUCCACACUGGUUCAGCACCAGAGAAUCCACACUGAAGAAAGGCCUUAUGAAUGCAGCAAGUGUGGAAUAUUCUUUAGCCGUGUCACCAGCCUCAUUCAGCACCAGAGAGUUCACAACAGAGGAAAACCUUAUGAGUGCUGCGAAUGUGGCAAAUUCUUUAGCCAAAACUCCAGUCUCAUAAAGCAUCAGAGAGUUCACACUGGUGAAAGCCCUCACGUGUGCAGCGACUGUGGGAAAUUUUUUAGCCGAAGCUCCAACCUUAUUCAGCAUAAAAGGGUACACACUGGUGAAAAGCCAUUUGAGUGUGGUGAGUGUGGGAAAUUCUUUAGCCAGCGCUCCAACCUCAUUCAUCAUAAGAGGGUUCACACUGGCAGAAGCGCUCAUGAGUGCAGGGAAUGUGGGAAAUCCUUCAACUGCAACUCCAGCCUGAUUAAACACUGGAGAGUCCACACUGGAGAAAGACCUUACAAGUGCAAUGAAUGUGGAAAAUUCUUUAGCCACAUCGCCAGUCUCAUUCAACACCAGAUAGUUCACACGGGUGAACGACCUUUCAGGUGCAGUGAAUGUGGGAAAGCCUUCAGCCGAAGCUCUGACCUUAUGAAACAUCAGAGAGUUCACACUGGUGAACGGCCUUAUGAGUGCCAUGAAUGUGGGAAAUUGUUUAGUCAAAGCUCCAGUCUUAAUAGCCAUCGGAGACUUCACACUGGUGAACGGCCUUAUCAGUGCGGUGAAUGUGGGAAAUUCUUUAACCAGAGCUCCAGCCUCAAUAACCACCGGAGGCUUCACACUGGUGAACGGCCUUACGAGUGCAGUGAAUGUGGGAAAACCUUCAGACAAAGGUCGAAUCUGAGGCAGCACCAGAAAGUUCACAAACCAGACAGGCCUUAUGGGUGCCACGAAUGUGGGAAAGCCUUCAGCCAAAGGCCUACCCUCAUUCGGCAUCAGAAAAUUCACACCAGAGAAAGGACCGUAGAGAAUGUGCUCCCUCCUUGUUCAACACAGCAGCGCACACCAGAGCAAAGCUCUGAGAGUGAGGAGCUGUUGGCCAGAUGUUGAACGUCGUUCACCCAGUAAUCUCCACUGGGGAAAUUUCCUAUGAAUGCUGGACAUGGAAGCUUUCAGGAGCUACGUCGCUUUUUCUGACGGUGAAUAUUAUCAGAGUUUUGUCACUGUGAGGAUUUGUGACAGAUGCUCUACCACUGGCAGACCUCCAGAGUGCAGGUUGGCCUCUCCACAGCACUUGGGGAAGGCAGACCUUUUUCUGCUCACUGGAGAGAAUCAUCAGUAGCCUGAGGCCAUAGGAAGAUGACCUUUCCCCUAUGGCAGAUUCAUCUGUGGACAUGACCCGUCUUUGGCCAUGAAGACCUGAGUGGGGUUCUACUGGCAGCUUGCAGAGGUCUCCCUCCUUCAGGGACACUGGUCUAAUGUGACUGUUGAGAUGGACUUAUCCAGUCUGUUUUACCUGACCCAGCUACCUACUACCCGUUGCUGGGUUUUGUGUGAUAAUGAGGGCCUUUUUGAUAAAGCCGUCUUUAAUCUUCUGUGUUCUGGUCACUGUGAGGAGUGGGAUGAGAACAGAGCAAAGGUCUGCUAAACCAAAGGGGUGAAUAGCUCUUGUGUGUGCCUCCAAAUAUACUGCCUCGGAAGGGGCAGUUAGAUGGUAAAGAACAAGUCAGUCCAGAUUUAGCCUUGUGCAUUGCUACCCAGGGUUUUAAGGAAAGAGCAUAUGGCUUGGUGGGCCCAUUAUUGCAGUCUGAAUGCUAUGAAUUUUCAUAGUAUGACUGUGUUAUCCUAAGGAGGGGGCAAUGGUGACAAGCUCUGGGGCAUCUAGGAGCAGUAUGAAUUGCAUCCUUUUCCCUCUUGCAUUGUCAAGUACUUGCUGUUUAACUGGUACCUGAGGUUCAGCAUCCGCUAUGCAGAUGUCUCUGUACAUCAAGAUGAACCCAGCCCAGGUGGACCCAUAAUUUGUGCAGAAACAUGGAGCAUGAUUAUAGGGAAUAGGUGAGAUUAUCACAAACCAGCAGGAAUGGAUCUACUCUAAAAGCUUCCUUUGAAUGUGGCUGUGCAGAAUUCAGGGUUUACUGAAAUGCUCAGAACCUUACCAUGUCUAUCCUACAAAUAAGUUUCCUGCCAGAGCAAAUAAGCUAAAGAUUUUAUGGAAUACUGCAGGCUCUAUGCACAAUGCAUCUCAAGGCCAUUGCUGGCCUUUCUACUAAGAGAAAGGAUCCUGUUCUCCAUGGAUGUCACAUUCUUUGCUGCCAAGGCAUGAGGAGAGAGAGGGCAGAUUAAUAUAAAUGUUGUUGAAUCUUCUAGUUUUCUAAAAUGGGUGGUCAUGUUUUCAUGUGCAACAAAUUAUUUUAAUGCCUUGUUAAAACAAAAUUGUCACACAAUAAUUGAGUGUACAUGCACACAAUUUGAUAAAUUUUGAAAUAUAUUACUCAGGGAAUCAAACCACAAUCAUGAUAAACAUAUCCCUCACCCACAGAGCUACCUCGUACCCCUUUAUAAUCCCUUCUUGCUGUCCCAGGGAAGCCACUGGUUUACUCUUUUUUUCACUAUAGAUUUGUUGUCUUUUCUAGAAUUGCAUAUAAUUGGAAUCAUAAAAUACUUAGACUUUUUUUUUUGGUCUGAUUUAUUUCAUACAGCACAAUUAUUUUUUAACAAUUAUGUGGACUAAGAUAUUUUAGAUUUCAACAGGAGAAAAUGAUUAUAUAUGAAAGCAUAAUUAUUUUGAGAAUCUGUACUAUGGACAUGUACAAUUAAUUCAUUUUACUGCUGAGCAGUGCAUGACUGGAUAAGUACACCACAAUUUUUAAAAAUUUUUUAAAAUACACAUAACAAAUUUGCCAUCUUAAUCAUUUUUAAGUAUAUAGUUCAGUAGUAUUAAGUAUCGUUACAUUUUUGUACAUCCAUUAUUUUGAUCUAUUUCCAGAAUUUUUUUCAAUUUGAAAAACCAAAAUCUUUACCAACUAAAUAAUAACUACCACACUCCUCCCCCACCUUCCCAGGCCCAUUAUGCUUUCUCUUUGGGUGAAUUUGACUAUUGUAAGUACCUCAAGUAAGUGGAAUCAUAAGCGUUUGUCUUUUUGUGGUUAGCUUAUUUCCCUUAGUACAAUGUCUCCAGGGUUCAUCUGUGUCAUUGCAUGUAUCAGAAUUUUCUCUCUUUUAAGACUGAAAGAAUUCCAGCUUAAUUCCUAAGUAUUUUAUUUUGAUGCUAUUAUGAAUGAAAUUGUUUCCAUAAUUUUCUUUUUGGAUUUUUUUAUUAUUAGUGUAGAGUAGGAGC